AUGAAGGUGGUUCUGCACACCGGCGGGCCCGUCCCAACCCGGUAUCGGUGUGUCCUCCCCAGCGCGGGGGGGCUGAGCCGCGCUCUGCAGUGCCCGCCUGGGCCAGCGGGGGGAGCGCCAGAGCAGCGGCCGGGCCGUCCCGGCCCCUCCAGCGGCCCGGGCUGCCAAAAACCCGCGUUGGGAACACCGCAACCACCGCAAACCGGGCUGCAAAACCCGCGUGUGGAAAACCACCGCAACCACCCGCAACCGGGGCUGCCAAAACCCGCGUGGUGGAAACACCGCAACCACCGCAACCGGGCUUGCCAAAACCCGCGAAGUGUGGGAACCCGCAAACCACCGCACCGGGGCUGCCAAAACACCCGCGUGUUGGAAACACCGCAACCACCGCAAACCGGGCUGCCAAAACCCCGCGUGUGGGAACACCGCAAAGCCCCGCCACCGCAACCGGGGCCUUGCCAAAAACCCGCGUGGGAAACCCGCAACCCACCGGCAAAUACCGGGCCUGCCAAACCCGCGUGUGGGAACAACACCGCCAACCGGGGCUCCAAAAACCCGCGUGUGGGAACACGCAACCAUCCGCAACCGGGGCUGCCAAAAACCCCCGCGUGUGCCAUCCCCGCAGACACCGCAACCGGGACUGCCAAAACCCGCGUGUGCCAUCCCCGCAGACACCGCAACCGGGGCUGCCCAAACCCGCGUGUGCCAUCCCCGCAACCACCGCAACCGGGGCUGCCCAAACCCGCGUGUGCCAUCCCCGCAGACACCACGAACACCGCUGCCCAAGGAACAGCUUAA